CAAGUCAGACAACCGUGUGGAAGUCUGACAAUGAGUUGCAGCUGUGAAUACUGUUUUCCGCUUUAAAAAAACAAGAUUGUUACCGCGUUUGUUUUCAUUUCAAGAGUGACUUUACAAUUCGGCGUCAAACAAUAAAUUAAUGAAACGCUGCCUCGCGAGCAUGUGAUUGUGUGUGAUAGAAGUGCCGGGGUCCAUUAACCAUUUCUUCGAUGUUCGGUCUAAGAUUCCUUUAAUAAUUUCUCGUUAUCAUUACGUGCGUGUUUGGAAAGUUAAUAACGGUCGUGGAUGAAAAGAAAUGAUCACUGCAGCUGAUGUUGCAAGAACGGUUUUCAUAGAGAUAGUACGUAUUCAUUAUGGCGAGUACGACAGGUUUUCUGCGAUCAGCGUGUUCCAGCGACGACGUCUCCCUAACCUUCCAUAUUCGCAGACGCCGGCAGAUUCACGAGCAACGCAAACACACGACCGAAUAAAUUACGAGAUGGGGAAGAAAAGAAAUAUUCAGUCAACACCUGCACCAGUACCUGGUCGAGUGAAAGUUGAAAUAAAAGAUGAAUUAGGGGACAGUGAAGUUCUUGUUGCAAGAGAUCGUUUGAAAGGUGCUCUUAGAGAAUUAUUGCAACAUAGUGACACAGGAUCAUCAGCUGAAUCAAGUGAAGAAAGUUCUGUGCAAGAGAAACAUCAUAUGAAGAGAAUGUCUAAGUCUAUGGGUUUUUCACAACCACGUAAAGUACGUCGCCGCAGACAAGUCCAAGCUGACACCUUGUUCCACCAUACCUAUGUAAUGAAAUUAUUCGAUAGAAGCGUUGAUUUAGCACAGUUUCAAGAAGACACGCCACUCUAUCCUAUAUGCAGGGCAUGGAUGGCGAAUCAGCCAAGAAAUCCUAAUCUGGUACCAAAAAUACGUAGUCCGAGCCCAGAAAUAGUAAAUGAAAUUAAUGUAAGCAACAACAUAUUGGAUAGUAAUGGAGAAAUUCGUGAUGUUUAUUACUUGCCGCCACCGCUACCUUGCGAGGAAGCUAUACCGAGGAAUCGUAUACCAUCACCAAUACCUAAAGAGAAGGAAGAAUUAAAUUUAGAUUAUGAUGGACAAACUUUGAAAUCACGAGAAACAUUGUUAAAAGAACAUAGAGUACACUGGAACGCUGUGCGGAAAAAAUGGCAUCAACAGGCACAUAAAAAUGAACAACGUUUUGCGCAGAGUGCAAGCAUUUUAAAUACUAUAUUCAAGAGGGCGCAAUCAGAAUUUGAGUAGUCCAUUUAUUGGCAGAUCGUUGACAUCCUAUUGACAAUAAAUUAAAUAUGACUUUUCCAUGAAUUAUGUAUAAAUAUCUUUUUCUAUUGUGUAUCUUAUGUCCUAUUUGUAGAAAUAUAUUUCCCUUUUUAUUACAAUAUAA